AUGGCGGUGAAGGUGAACACUGGUGGAAAGCAGAAUGGAAGUGGCUUCAAAAAUAGUGUUGGAAAGCAUCGAUUAGAAGUCACUCUGCACGUGCUCAAAUGCACCCGCGUUCCAGGGGUGGCCCCGGAGGCCGGAGCCGCGCCGCCCGGCUCAGUUCGGGGGCGCGCGCGGCCAGCGUCGACAAACCAGGCCGGCUCCCAGCGCGGCGCGCGGCUGGCUCUCCCGGGCCGCCUUUGCAGGGCCGCCGCUUCUGCUCCUCGCCUUCGGCUGGAAGACGAUCCGCCGCCUCCAGACGCGGCACCGACACCGAGGUUUGCGCCGACGGCGAGGCUCCUCCUUCGCCGCGCCCCACCUCUCGCCCGCGCUGGUCCCGCGGCUCGCCAGGCAGGGUCCCCCGUAGGCUUCCCAGCGCCCGCCAGCGGCCGAGCCGAGGCUGCUUCAGGGGCGUCCGCCGGCGCCAAGGAGCCCCGCCGGGUCAGCAGCGCCGGAGCCAGCUGGGGCCGGCCGGCCGGGAGGAGGAGCACAGCUGGCGGGGCCUCGCCGGGCUCGGCCAAUGGGCUCCCCCGUCCAGCGUCCCCACAGCGAAUAGCGCGGAGGGGCGGGGGGCGCGGCGUCCUGGAGCCCUCCCCGCCCGCGGCCGAGAGGGCUAUGCAGGCGCGGCGGAGGGACGGACGGACGGAUAGACGGGCAGGCACGCGAGCAAGGGCAGACUUGGAGACCAGAAGGCUGAUGUGGGCAGGGAAUUAGCCAUGACCGAAGGGUGCCAACGUGUCCUCCAAUAGCUGAACGCAGAGGCUGGCCCUCCAUGCCAGUUUUGGCUCCUGACUGCUGUCUCGGGAUCCACUUCUUCAGCGCCACUUUCAGACAGGGCCCUCGCGCACGCCUGGCUGCAGCCACCAUUCAGGCUCUCUGAUUUUUUUUAGUUGGGGUCCGGGGAAGCUACCUGACGGGGAAAGGGAGUCACUGUUGCUUUUAAUGUAGAUUUGAAACCAACCUUACUGGAAGAAGAGGAUGUGGCAUUUUAAUGGUGCUAGUUUGGAAAGUGUGGCUGCUGUAUUCCCGCCUGAAGUGAAGCUGUGCGGGGACCCUCUGACUCGCAGCACAGUCUUGGAAUAGGAAGGAGCCUUUGACUUGAGAGACCGAGUGAGCCAACAGCAAAGGCCCAUCUUUAGAGGGACUCAGCAGUCUGACAGGCAGCGUUACGGCCUGCCGCCCUUAGCUGUGCCUUGACUGCCAUCGCCCCGCCCCGGGGACCCACGA